UCAACAGACCUUAAUCAUGUGCGACUGAGACGCAUCUGGAAGUACGUCGCAGCGCUAUCAAUCUGCAGAGCCGCACUGGACUACUCUACAGGCAUUUAGCAGAAGGUGCUGAGGGAGCAGUAAGACCUUUGGCUUUUGAGUAGCUAUUAUGUCCCCAUAAAAAUAUUUAGCUGUUGUGUUUGUGAAUCAUGUACGUGGGUUACCUUGUGGAUAAAGAGAGCAACAUGUACCACCAAGGACCUAUGAGGCGUUCCAUUAAUCUUCCUCCGCAGAACUUUGCGCCCAGCGCGCAGUACUCCGACUUCACGGGGUACCACCAUGUACCCAACAUGGAGAACCACACGCAGCCCUCAGGGGCCUGGGGCUCUCAUUACGGCGCACCAAGGGAGGACUGGGGCGCCUACGGCCUGGGACCCCCUAAUAACGUACCUACAUCCAUGAACACCUCAUCACCCGGCCAGGUCCCGUACUGCUCCCCCGACUAUAACUCAAUGCACCCGGCCGGAUCAUCAGUUUUGCAGCAGCCACCAGAGAAUAUUAAUGUUGCGCAAAUGUCCCCAGAAAGAGAGAGACGCAGUUCGUAUCAGUGGAUGAACAAAACUGUCCAAUCGUCUUCUACCGGCAAAACGAGGACGAAGGAAAAAUACAGAGUCGUUUACACGGAUCAUCAGCGGCUAGAGCUGGAGAAGGAGUUUCAUUACAAUCGAUACAUCACGAUCAGGAGGAAGUCUGAGCUGGCUGUCAACCUGGGCCUUUCGGAGCGGCAGGUGAAAAUCUGGUUUCAAAACCGCAGAGCGAAAGAGAGGAAACUGAUCAAAAAGAAAAUGGGCCAGUGCGAUGGGAGCGGCGGCUCGGUGCACAGCGACCCCGGUUCCGUCAGCCCGCUGGCAGUGCCCGGCUCGCUGAGUCCGUCGGAUAUCCACGGUUCCCUGUAUCCACCGCCGGGCAUGAACUCUUUGCCACCAAUUGGGAAUAUACAGCAAGUCACUGUGGGCCAGUAAACUCCUGCUGGGAACUUUGCAACUUUAACUGAGCACUCCAUCACGCCGCGAGGACAACGCGGCGCGACCCGCUAACGUGGAUUUAUAAAUUAUUCCAAGAGCAAAGUCCUUUUAAGCCCGUGCUGUGGAUUACAAUACAGAGAUUUCAAAUGAAAAAUGCUGGAGGCUCUUCGAAAAAGAUUCUUUUAAUAGGAUAUUUUUAAAAGAACACGGAAAACAAUGUUUGUAUGGGCCAGAAUUAAACAUUAUUGGUUGUUGUAUGAUUUAUUAAAAUAUAAAUAGGCCCAUCAUUUUCUGUACGUGACGAGAACGAGUGUUUACAUGUUUGUAAAUAAAAGCAAUCAGGUGCAUUUUAAUUGCACUGCAUCCCUACCUCUGUAAAUGUGGAAAAAGCUCUUUAAACUGCCAUGAGCUUUCGGAUUAGACAUCAUUGCCCUUUUUUCAUACGUACGGGUACAAUUUUAAACUUUGGUG